AUGAGGCCUCUCACUCUGCAUAUUUGAACUUGGAAGUCUUGAAUUUAUUGGCACUGAGAGUCAUAGAAAGAGAGAAAGAGGAAAGAGAAGAGUGAGAGAGAAGUGCAAGUGCCAUGGCGUCCACUGCUCUCAACCCAUCGCCCUUCUGCUUCCUCAACCAUCGCAAACCGUCUCCUCUCUUCUCUACAGAUUUCUUGGGUGCCUGUUUGCUGAAGCAUAUACCAAAUAGCCGCAGGAUGGUUCGAAUAAUUAGGAAAGUGUGUGCCGUUUCCACCACUGUCCAGGAGGAAACCAAAGAGUACACUCUUCCCACUUGGGCUGCAUUCGACAUUGGAAGGGCUCCAGUGUUUUGGAAAACCAUGAAUGGCCUUCCUCCCACUUCUGGAGAGAAGUUAACCAUUUUCUACAAUCCUGAAGCUAGUAAAUUGGUCCCAAAUGAAGAAUUUGGUAUCGCAUUCAAUGGGGGUUUUAAUCAACCUAUAAUGUGUGGUGGCGAGCCUAGGAAAAUGAACAGAAGAGAUCGAGGGAAAGCAGAUCCUCCUAUAUAUUCAAUCAAAAUAUGUGUUCCUAAGCAUGCUAUGAACUUGAUUUUCUCGUUCACAAAUGGGGCUGAUUGGGAUGGUCCCUACAAGCUGCAGUUUGAAGUUUUAAGGGCAUGGCGCAACAAGCCGUUUAGCUUCUUUAACAAGGGUCUGGCAGAGGAAUUGGGCAAGGAAGGUGCCUGUGAAAAAGCGAUCUUUCCAGACUCCAACAUUGUCAUCAAUCGAUGUUCCAUGAUUGGCAACCUCAUUGUAGAAGGGGGAGACCGCUGCAAUCUAGAUCUGGUUGCAGGAUGCAUGGAUCCAAGCUCACACUUAUACAACCCUCUUGCCAAUGUGGAUGAUGGGUCCUGUUUAAUGGACACUGAUGAUGAAUAGUGCAUAUGAACAUUUCUCAUCUCCCAAAAGUUGUGUUAUCUGUGUAACACACACAUACACAAUGUAUUUUACCCGCAUGUUGUAUGUAUGAAUACAAGAAGACUUACAAUUUA